AUACCACAUCACACAGAUGAAUUUAUGCACGUCGGGCCCAGCGCAUCCAUCAGCCCGCAGCAUCAUAGGUUUCAGUAUCGAUUCCCGAUUCAUCCUCCCGGAUAUAUCUUUCCCCUCGAGGACGUAAGCGAAUGCAAUGGUGGAUCCAAUCGGCGCAGUCGCGCUAGUGAUUACCGGCAUCCAAGCUGGUUAUAACGCCUAUCGGGCUUACAAACUCACAGAGGCCUUUGGCACUGAUUUUCGACAGUUCCAGCGAAGGUUCGAGAGCCAAAUAAACCGUCUUCGAUGGGAAGCAGUCCGGCUUCGGAAAGAAGCAGUGUUCUACUUGGGUAGCAACGUAAACGACGCUCAAGAAUGGUCACAAUACGUUCGGAAGCUUUUGGUUCACAUCAUGAUAAACAUCGAAAGUUGCCAGCGGCUCGCAGAGAAGUAUGAGCGUGCAGCGCAAGAAUCGCGAAACGUGAAAUCGAAGGGAAAGCCGUCAGAUAUUAUCAACGCAAAGCAAUCCAAAACAGUUCUUGCAAAGACAGCCGAUGGGGUCAAUCACAAGACGUCUACCGACUCAACAAACGUCAAUAGGAAACCUCGUCAUCUAUUCCGGAAUAUUAGCUUCAAGAAGGCCGACACACCGAGUGAGGAAGUCAGCUCUAUCAAACUAGUGCCGACCGAAGUGAGCAAGUGGUCUCUUCUCUCAAUAUUCGACCAGCCGGGAGUCUGCAAGAAUAUCCAUCAAGAGAAGGACCUCUCCGAAGCGCUGCAAGAAGGCACGAGCCUUCGACUGCGGCUAGAGUGGGUGAUCGAAGACAGAAAUGAGUAUAGAGACUGCCUGUGCUCCAUCGCAGACGCCAUCAAAGAACUGCAGCAUCUAGUCACCAGUUAUAUUGAACAAGCCACGGCCUCAAAUGUCAGCAACACCAAGGACUCCAGGACGAUCUCCAUAUUUCCUCAACGGCACUCUACGUUGGAAAUACGACAAUCGGGAAUGGCUUAUAGCACAUUGCUAGCCCACUACACCGAAAAGAGUGAAGACAUGGAGAUGGAAGAUAUGGCACCUCUGCCAACCGAGACGUAUCAGUGUCAGGAGGCUUUCUACCGGCUCUACGCUGACCUGCGAAGUCUAUGGCCGAACCACAAUCUUUGUGUCAGGCUGUACUAUGAUCAUUAUGGCACGCAGGAAGAGCUACAGCCAUGUCAAACGGUCAGCACACGCAAGGACUCCCUCGUCUUCUUGUUGCAGUGUCGGCUUGGAGAUACCGCGGACGAGAAUCUUCUGCUUGUUGCGGACACACCGAUUUUGCGCCGCUCACGUACGAAAGCCGCCCAUAACCCGUCCGGGGUAGACCGACUUUUGAAAGAGCGCAUUCAGAAAGGUCCCCUACUCCAAGGUCCGUUACAGCCCGCGAAGAUUGAGUUGGACAACGAUGAGCCGCUCGUGUGCUUGGGAUCUCUAGAAAUGAGCCUUUCUCAGGCAUUCCGUAUUUCCGAGAGAUGCAAGUCCAGAGAAGCGAGCUCUAUCGGGGGCUGUCGUGGGCGCGAAGUUCUCCAACAUCUUGAUCACGUCACUCCCGAAAACAGGAACCCCACUGACGGCCAAUACUAUCAAGAUCCAAGUUCAGCGACCAUUGCUAGGGAGGGCGACGUAGACGGCGAUCUCCAAGUUCUCGGCGAGCCUUCCAGUGUACGUAACUCUCCGCAACACAGUGAGUAGCUCGAGUACACCGCAUUGCGCUAUUGGCUUAUGAAGAGCAGCCACUCCCGAUGAAGAAUUCGCUGUGAUUAAAUAUGAGCCACUGCGAAGAUCAGUCUUCCAUCACAUAUAUCAGGAUCGGAAGAGCUUGUGGAGGCAAGAGACCU